AUGCCUCCCGGCGACGUUCCUUUACCGGACAGCCUUGUGCCGGGCAACGGGGCUGUACGUCCCACAUUGAAUACUAGUGGCUAUGGGGGAGGCUAUCAAACACAGACUCCUACAUCGCCAGCAGAUAACAAUGUUCCAUUUGACUCACCGCGUACGAUUUCUGGAGGUAGGAACGGGUCAGCGAAUAGCCCCGUCGAUGGGCCUCAGAACCCCGAUGGCCGUACGGGUCGAAGAUAUGAAUCAACUAACUCAGGCUCACGGGAUCCGUCGACGCCGCGCGAUCGAGCUGGCUAUUGGGAGAUGUCUACACCACAUGACAGGUCUCGCCCAAAUGGUCGACCCCACACGAAAUCGCCAGGUAGUUCGUCAAGGAUUUGCAAAAAAUGUGGUGAACCGCUUACAGGCCAAUUUGACUGCGGUCAAAUCGUGGCAUCUAAGUUCUUUCCGGUUGAUGCAGAGGAUGGGAGUGGCCAAUACCCGCUGUGCGAAACAGACUAUUUCCGACGACUCGAUCUGUUAUGUCACGAAUGCGGUGGCGCCCUCCGUGGCUCAUAUAUUACGGCUUUGGAGCGCAAGUACCACAUUGAGCAUUUCACCUGCUCUGUUUGCCCCACAGUGUUCGGUGCGCAGGACUCCUAUUAUGAGCACGAAGGCAAGGUUUACUGUCACUUCCAUUACUCGACACAAUUUGCCCAACGGUGCCAUGGUUGUCACACAGCGAUUUUGAAACAGUUCGUAGAGAUUUUCCGCAAUGGUCAAAAUCAACAUUGGCAUCCCGAAUGUUAUAUGAUCCACAAAUUUUGGAACGUCCGUCUAGCACCAACUGGCCAACCGUUGGAACCCCUCGAUGUCGAUCUGGAUGCUACCGAUGAGGAGCGCAACAGGGUACGAAUGGAAGAGGACGUAAUGGAGGAGAAGGUAUAUAAGAUAUGGAGCAUCUUGUCGAGUUUUGAAGAAUCGUCAGCGGCCUGCAUCUCGGACAUGCUUCUUCAUGUGAGCAACGGUACCUACGUUGACGGCGUUCUCGUUGCCAAAAGAUUUAUUGGUCAUGUUGAGGUGCUUUUUUCCGCUAUUGAUCAACUUGCCGCAUUUAUCAAGGUACAAGGCAUGAAAGACAUCGCUUAUGGCCGCGAAGCAAAGCUCUUGUGUAAAAAGAUUGUUGCUUUCUUUGCGCUUCUGUCGAAAACCCAGGAGACUGGCGUUCGCAAGCUAGGAGUCACUCAGGAGCUCCUGUCGUUGGUGACUGGCCUUGCUCACUACCUCAAACUCCUCAUUCGUAUCGGGUUACAAGGGGCUCUGAAACUGGAGAGAGAGCAGGGCCACCCUGAAGGCUUGCACAAUUUCCUAGAUCAUCUUGGAGAUUUAGAGACGCUUAGGCCCCUCGAAGAAGAGGAGACUCCUGCAGAUCUGAUGGUUGGUGUGGAAGUUCUUGCAGACCAACUCUCCGAUUGUUGCGCUGCAUGCAAGGAACCGAUUGAUGAUGAAUGUGUCAAGUUGGGCGACAACCGGUGGCAUGUUAAGCAACCACACUUGACAUGUUCAGCAUGCCAGAAGGAUUUGACCGUGACUCUCCAGGAUGCCUUGUGGAGCCCUAAAGAUAAGCGACCCUUCUGUAAUAGCUGCGUUGCUCAAAUGGGACUUGCACAUCAGACUCAAGGCGGAUUUGUUCGUGUGACCAAGCUUCAGCAGUUCGUCUUUUUGCUGCGAGUUGCUCUUGCAAGACUUCUCACUGUCUUGCAAGCUGGAGGCACUUUGCCGUCAACGUCAGAUGGCACUUCCCUGUCGCAAGAUGAUAACUCACGAACUCCAGCUGGGGGCAUGGUUCGUAGAGCAACCACGAGGUCAAAAUCAUACACGCAUGGAAAUAAAGAAGGCUCCGAGGAAUCAUCCCUUGAGCAAACCAUGGGUGAGAUGAGGCGCCUGCGUUCCAUUCGAAAUGAACGGACCUUGUCAACAACCUACAAGAAGGCUCGAGCGUCGCGGAUCAUCGACGGACCUGAAGGGCGGAGCGUGAGGCCUGGUUCUUCUGGUGGCGAGGGCACUGAUCCUCGUGGUCAGGGUUUCCAGAUUGUAGAGGAAAAAGACGCCAAUGGCGAAACGGUCACUGAGUUAACUUUCGGCAACCAGGAUGCUCUGACCUUGGAUGAUAUCCCAAGGAUCGUUGCGGCUGAGCAAGCCAAAGAACAGCGACCAAAUGCAUACAAGCAUGCUCGCACUAAACUUGUUGGUACUACAGAGCCGCUUCCUAGAUAUAAUCAAGGCCACCAACGUGGGCUUUCUGACGGUGGGCUGGAACCUCAUCUGAUCGAACAGGGCGGAAGAACCAAGAAGUACUUUUCCGAACUUUCUGCCUUGGAGUAUUUCAUCGUUCGCCAUGUCGCCGUCUUAUCCAUGGAACCCUUACUGGAUGGCUAUUUCACAUUGGACGAACUUCUUUCGUUGAUAGAAUCUCGCAAACCGACCAUCUGGAACAUUUUUGGCCGCGCCUUUGCUAAAGACAGUAAGAAAGUUGGAAAGAAAAAGGGCAUGUUUGGUGUCAGCCUCGACUAUCUCGUCGAAAAAGAGGGCACGGAGUCUAGCCACGGUGUCGGGCCCGGUGCUCUUCGUAUUCCUACUUUAGUGGAUGAUGCAGUGUCCGCAAUGCGGCAGAUGGACAUGUCUGUUGAAGGUGUCUUCCGCAAGAAUGGCAAUAUUCGGCGGCUUAGAGACAUCUCGGAGAUGAUCGACAAUAAGUACGAGCAAGUGGACUUGACAAAGGAGAACCCAGUUCAAAUUGCAGCUCUUUUGAAGAAGUUCCUUCGUGAGAUGCCAGACCCCCUUUUGACUUUCAAACUCCACCGUCUAUUCGUCGUAUCGCAAAAGCUCCAAGAUCCGGAGAAACAGAAGCGGGUGCUUCAUCUGACAUGUUGCUUGCUUCCCAAGGCCCAUAGGGAUACGAUGGAGGUCCUAUUUGCUUUCCUUAACUGGACAUCCUCAUUCUCGCAUGUUGAUGAAGAAUCGGGUAGCAAAAUGGACAUACAUAACCUUGCAACUGUUAUGACCCCCAAUAUUCUGUAUCCCAACACGAAGAAUAGCGCUGUGGAUGAGAGCUUUUUGGCGAUUGAAGCCAUUAAUGCGCUUAUUACGUACAACGAUACGAUGUGCGAGAUCCCAGAGGAUCUACAAUCGGUCCUUACCGACACCAAUUUUUUCAGAGAUAAUUCCGAGGUCACAACGAAAGAGAUCCUGAAAAGAUACGGGGACAUUGCAAGAGGAAGCUUUUCACAGAAAUCCAGGAACGGCGGCGAAACAGUCACGAUUACCAAUUCCAACCGAGGGGCGAACAUGCCUACCUCUGCACGCAUCGAGACAGAUCCAGCUCAAGAUGCAGCAUGGCAGCAGGCACAGAGCUCCGUACGCCACGUUCAAGUUUCCGGACAGCACUCUCAUCCAACCGGUGCCACCACCUAUACUGGGAUGGAAUUAGGCUCUACUCCGCCGGGUGACCACCAUGAACGCAGUCCCAGCAAUGGUAGUCAACAAAUUCCGGUGCAGCCAGAGGGACAACCUCAGCAGCUACCUUACAGAGCUCGACCGGGCGCAGGACCCAUGGGAGUUACCAGCUGA